UUUGUAGUGGUCCUUGAUUGAUGGAUGUGUAUGUUUUAAAUUCGUUAGAGAAACUCAAAAUAGGGUAGUACCCUAAAAAAAAAUAGAUAAAUAUAAAUAUUUAAUGGUUCUAUGUGACAAAUUAGAGUGGAGUGUGAGACAAAUCGGACGUAAAUGGUAAUGGAAAAAUACGAUGACACCAACUGGCUUGAUCGGAGCCCUGGCCAAGAAGAAGAGAAAAAGACACAUGCCCAGAAACUAGAAAAGAAAAAUAACAUUUUACCAUUGUGGGGGAAUGAGCGGACCAUGAAUCUUAACCCAUUGAUUUUGACAAACAUCCAGUCAUCUCAUUACUUCAAGGUCAAUCUAUAUGAACUCAAAACAUAUCAUGAGGUCAUUGAUGAAAUUUAUUACAAGGUUACCCAUCUUGAGCCAUGGGAGAAAGGUAGCAGGAAAACAGCUGGCCAGACUGGAAUGUGUGGCGGAGUUCGUGGAGUUGGUGCAGGUGGUAUUGUCUCAACAGCUUAUUGUUUGCUAUAUAAGCUGUUUACGCUAAAGUUAACAAGAAAACAAGUGAAUGGUCUCUUAACCCAUCCAGAUUCACCUUAUAUUCGAGGCCUGGGGUUUAUGUACAUAAGGUAUACUCAGCCUCCACAAGAUUUGUGGGACUGGUAUGACCCUUAUUUGGAAGAUCCAGAGGAAAUGGAUGUCAAAGCUGGUGGUGGCCAAGUUAUGACUAUUGGUGAUAUGCUCAGAGCAUUCCUGACAAAACUGGAGUGGUUUUCAACCCUUUUUCCUAGAAUACCUGUACCUAUUCAGCAAAAACUUGAAAAAAAGAUGUUAGAAAGAUUUCCUCCUGUAGUAUCACCCUCACGGCCACUGAAGCAAUCACUACCACCACUGCAGUCAAGCAAAGAGGCAAGACAUAUCCCUGAUGAUGAAGUGUCUUUUGGGGAAGCAGAACGAUUUUCAAGGCUCAGGAGGACGGAUGCACCUCCACCAAGAGAGAGGCGGCAAUCACCAGAUAGAGCCAGAAGCAAAGAAAGGGAGAGAGAUAGGAGAAGAGCUUACAGUUCUGAGAGGCGAAAUAGCAGAGAAAAACAUCACAGAAAUAGCAGAGAAAGGAGAAGCUCGUACAGCCGUGAGAGGAGUCCUUUGCGCCAUCGAGAAAGAACACAUGUACAUAGAACAAAAAAUGGCAGGGAAACCCCUGUUCGUCGAAGCUCACCUGACGAUUUUGCUGCAGAGCUCAGAAGAGAAAAGGAACGUCAGAAACGGGAGAGAGAAAAAGAGAGGGAAAGAGAAAGAGAACGGGAUAAAGAAAAAGACCGACACAGAGAUAAAGACAGGGAUCGAGAACGGGAUAGGGAAAGAGACAGAGAAAAAUUGAGGGAAAGGGACCGUUCUCGUGACAGGGCUCAUGAACGCUCUAGGGUCUGGGACAGAGAGGAUUCCCGUGACAAAGAUCGCAGUCGAGAUAAGGAUAAAGACUUGGAUCGUGCUUAUGACAAAGAGAGGGAUUAUUCUCGAGAAACACGGUUUUGAUUUGGGACAAGAACUUCUCAUAAUAAAUUGACAUUUGUGGGAAAUCUUCAGGGCAACAAAAAAGAGAUACCAAAAGAAAUGUUGGCGUCAAAACAGAGGCACCCAUUAUUGACCACUUUUGGGUAUGGACAGAAUACUGUUUUAGCUUUGUAUGUUACUACACAAAAGAAGUCAGUCAUUUUGUCACCUAUUCUACACGAAACAUUUGAUGUAAGUGGACAUGAGCCACCUGAAAUAAUAAUGUUCUACAACUCAACAAAGUGAGGAGUGGGUACAGUUGAUAAGAUGGCUAGACAUUAUUCAGUGAAACAAGGAACAAAAAGGUGGUCAAUUGCUGUAAUUUUUUUAUAUACUAGAUGUAGCUUGUAUCUUGCUUAUGUUCUGUAUUGUAAAUUUUUACAUGAUAUGAGAAGUAGAAAUGCAAGAAGAGAAUUCCGCUCAGAACUAGGAAAAGAGUUAGUCAAACCUCACACUGAACAACAAAUCCUGUCGCCCCAGUGCAGAACACAACGCAUUCGUUUCUAGUGCGCCUUUCCAAUCCAUGACCGUUUCUGAUGCACAUAAAGUUUCUGGCCUGAUGACAGUGCUGUAACAUCUCAGUUUUACAUUACAUGAUAUGCAUGAUUUAUCGUAGAUGUUUCCAGCCUUUCAGAAUGCUCUACUCAUCUUUUGAUUUUUUUUCAUUGGUUUCUUCCUGUAUCCCAUUUGCCUUCAAGGAUCUUCUAAAGGAAAACCAACACAAUAACCAGGAAGCUGAUGUUCCAAAUCUGAAAAGAAAAUGAUGUGAUUCCUGCUCAAGGUCAAAGGACAAGAAAGUGAAUCAACAAUGUGAUGGGUGUCAAAAGUUUGUCUGUAAAGAACACGCUAGGUUAAGUGUGUUGUGUAAUGAUUGUUGAUCAUAUGACACGGAGAGCAAGUAGGAGUGUAUUUCUAAUAAAAUUCCAUGUAAGUGAUACUACACAUAGUAUUAAUUAAUUAUAGUAUUGUUACAUAAUGUGCAGGUUAUGAAUAUUUUGUGUUAAAAUAAUUUUUGGAACUAAACAAAAUAUGUUUUCAUAUUUCAAACAACUCUAGUGAAUAAUUACAAUUUACAUGUUACUUAAUUAUAUUAACAAACUAUGGGGUUGUAAUAUCAACAUCGUGUGUAUGUUUCUCAAUAAAUUAUAAUUACAUU